AUGUCAAUAAACACAACGGAUGUUUUUGGAGACCCAUACUCCGACCCUUCCAUUCCUUAUGAAGAAUUUCCGGAAAAUCCAAAAUUUGGAGAAGAUGUUGCUAAUUACAAUCAGAAAAAUUUAUUCAAAUACUUGAACUCAUAUCUAAGCACAAUUAGCGUAAUAGGAGGUUUAAUAGUGCUGGUUAUAAUAAUUUUCAUGUAUUUUUAUGAUAAGAAACUUGUGAAUCGUGUUUCGCUAAGACUUUCCGCUAUGAUAUCGUUCGUUGACGUUUUGUCCGGAGUGACCGUAAUUGCGUAUGCAUACUAUCAACCUCGUGAAACUCCUGAAUGUACUAGCAUAGCGUUUGGAAUGUCCUUCUUCCCGCAGUUAUACCUCUUCCUAACUGUUAUGAUCGCAUUCAAUUUACAGAUAGUUUUCCUUCAUCGCAAAAAAGUGUCCUCAUUUUCGGAUCGAUGGUACAUCCCCGUAGCAUUUUUAAUGGCAAUUUUCAUAAACAUUCUACCUUUGGUGUAUCACAAAUUUGGCUAUGAUCCCGACACAAGGGAUUGUAUUUACCGUCACAUGUAUGACAGAGAUACAAAAUGGUGGAAGUUUGCCACUUUUCUCAUUCCUGUAUCAAUAUCAAUGAUUUAUUGUACCACAGUGUUGACAAUUGUCGUAUGUAAAUUGGUUUUUGAACACAGACAAUUGGCCGAAGCGAUUCAUUCUCAGAAUAGCGUGACGUUAUCGGCCAAACGUAGGCAUAAACUUUUACUGUUAAAAUUAGUUGGUAGGAUUGCGCUAUACGCCGCGAUCCCCCUUCUUACUGUUUGUGGAAUUGUCGUAGAAUAUGUUUGGAUAUCUUUACAUGCAAAUUCCGAGAAUGAUGUACCAAUGGCAUUAAAUUAUUGGGCUAUUGUUGGAUCUUGUUUGCCCGGAUUCUUUAAUUGCAUCGCAUUUCUUUUCGACCCUGCAAUUCACAAUGCUUUUCGAAGAGUUAAAAAAGACCUUAUUGAGAAAUACGGUUAUCCAAAGCGUGCGACAAUCAGUCCUCCGAUGUCACCAUCGGAUGCAGUCUUUCCAAAUUCACCAACACAAAAUCCGAGACCUUCACAUUUAUUACCACCUUCGCCGUCAAAUCAUCCAACACUCGCAACGCGAAUCUCAUUUACGAAUUCUCGAGUUAGUCCAAGUAACUUCUCCAAACCAAAGAAAAACAAUCGAUUCAUACGAUGGUUUGUCCGAAAAUUCAUGGACAAAAAGGUAAUAAUACAACCUCCUAUGGUUUUAUUAAAUUCUACGAGUUUCCUUUCUACAACCCUUGGAUCGGAUCAAGGAUGUAGAUAUAGUUCGACAACGGUUAAUUCUGGUACAUUAACCGGUCAAAGCUUUGAUCAUGAUCAUGAUUAUCAUAGAAUCGAAUUAAAUAGUCCUACUGAUAAAAGAAUGAAGCGAACGUCACACGUGUUAAAUAUCCCUGAACACGAAAGUCCCAAUUCAACGAAUCUUGAAUAUACAAACUUAACGUCCGUAACUGGCAAUAGUCUCUCUCCCACAUCUGCUUGCAAUAGUCUUGGGGAUAGUUCCCGUCUACUUUAUGAAAAUUGUUCUUUUGGCUCAUACUCACAAUCUCCUAUUCUGGGAAAUAAUACAAUCGAUAUUCAGUAUCCCGUGUCCCAUUUCGAAGCAGGUAUCCCAUCACCUUUAUCGGGCGUUUCUUCGUCUCAUAGGAGAUCAGAGUCGGAAUCCUCUACCGCCUCUCGAGAUUCGGUUGACAAUGACUUGGCGGCCUAUUGA